CAAACAGAAAAGGCUUUUAAACUUCUUCCGGAAAGCCAAAUCUUUGCAUCCAAACAGAGAUCUUCUUCCCACACAAACCAAUUUAAAAUCCCGCUACAAAAUAAAAACCCCAAAAUCCACUGGGUUCGAAUAUUAUCCCUCAAGUUUCAUCCUUUUAGAAAUCAAGGAUUUUUAUUUGAAUUCGGGUUUUGAUUUUGCCCAAAAUAGCUGAAAAAGAAAAUGAAUUUGGGGGAUUUACACAGGGUGUGGGAAAUCAAAACAUUGAAAAGGAAACCUGGAGAAGAAGAAGCCAAAAAAUUCUUACAGAAAAUCGCCAAACAAGUUCAACCCAUUAUGUGUAAGCAUAAAUGGAGAGUCAAGCUCCUCUCAGAAUUCUGUCCGAACAAUCCCCGUUUGCUAGGGUUGAAUGUGGGAGGUGGCAUCCAUGUGAAGUUAAGGCUGAGGAGACCGAACAGGGAUUGGGAUUUUUAUCCCUUUGAUCAAGUUCUCGAUACAAUGCUUCAUGAGCUUUGCCAUAAUGUUCAUGGUCCACAUAAUUCUAGUUUUUACAAGCUUUGGGAUGAACUUAGAAAGGAAUGUGAGGAGCUCAUGUCAAAAGGAAUAACUGGCACAGGGGAGGGGUUUGAUCUUCCUGGAAGGCGCUUGGGUGGAUUUUCCCGACAACCUCCACUCUCUUCUCUUCGCCAGACUGCAUUAGCUGCAGCAGAGAACAGAGCACGCUUGGGGUCUCUAUUACCUUCUGGACCUAAACGUCUUGGUGGUGACAGCACCAUUAAGAAUGCACUUAGUCCUGUACAAGCAGCUGCAAUGGCUGCCGAAAGGAGAUUGCAAGAUGAUAUCUGGUGCGGUUCUCAUUGUUCCGAGAUUGCUGAGGAUGAUGGAAGUGCUGAUACUUUGCAGGAUCAUUUGGACACGGAUCAAAGAGCAGAGAGAUCGAGUGUGAAAGAUGUUUCCAGCGGACAUCCUUUUGGUGGAAAUUCUCAUAAACGAAGCCAUGGGCAAGAUAAACCAAAAUCCAACUUUGUGGAUUUAACUAUAUCUCCAGUAUCUGGGUCUGCUGUUAAUCAAGAUGACAAAUCUCUUAAACGAAGCUGUAAAUCCAAUAACCUUAUACCUUCAAGUUCCUCGUCGUUUGUCCCCGUGCUUAAUGAUGAUUCUCCAGAAAAGCAAGGUGAAACUUCAAUGUGGGAGUGCAAAUCAUGUACUUUACUGAAUCCUCCAUUAGCCCCAAUAUGUGAGGCUUGCUUCACCGAAAGGCCCCGAGACAUCGGCACCAAGUGCAAAUUUUGGUCCUGCAAGUUUUGCACCUUGGAGAACUGCGUGAAACUGGAUAAAUGCUCGGCAUGUGAUCAAUGGAGAUAUUCACAUGGCCCUCCUAUAUCGACUCCAGCUCCCAAUGCUGGCACAUGAGAAGUAAUAUUUCAUCAACAUCAAUGCCAAUUUUCUUCAUUUUUAUCCAAGUCAGUUCAUUUGGAACAUUUUCAACUGUUUUUGUGGUUGCUUUUUGCAAUGCUUUAUGUUCUGUUCACCAGUUUAG